GUCAGCGGUUUGACGGCGCUCAGCUUGACCUGCUGGGGAAGAUUUUCCGGAGCUCGACGCCGAACAGCCUCAACGACGAUACGACCAGCCGCCACGAUGAAGUCCGUCAGCACGACGGCAUUGCUCAAUGCCUUCCAGGGAUUGAGACUAAGUGGCUCUUCGCCGCUGCGACAGCUCAGAGCCCCGAUUCAGCACGCAUCGAGAACGGUCGCCGCGCCGUCACGACUCCAGAAUGCGAGAGCUUUCUCUACGACGGCCCCGGUCCUGGGCAGCUGGCUGGAGCCGAGCCUGGAUCGCAGAAAGAAGAUGGCCAAGGGUCGUCCGCGCGUCGCAACUGGCGGCUCGACAAAGGGCACAACGGUCAUAUGGGGCGACUACGGGCUGCGAAUGAUCGACCAUCACCGAAGAAUCAGCGCUAAGCAUCUGAAAAUGGCCGAGGAUACGAUCAAGGUGCGGCUCCGAGGCGAGAAAUACCGGCUCUACAAGAGAAAAUGCUGCAACGUCGGCGUUUACGUGAGCGGUAACGAGAUGCGAAUGGGUAAAGGCAAGGGCUCUUUCGACCACUGGGCGACGCGCAUGGCCGUGAGCCAAGUCCUUUUCGAGAUCAGAGGACGCAUUCACGAGCAGAUCGUGCGGGAUGCGUUCCGUCUGGCGGGGAACAAGUUGCCUGGCCAAUGGGAGUUUGUGAAGAGGGGAGAUGCGCCGAUGGUGGGCAUCACGAAGCUCGACGGGGUUACGUUGGAGGAGCUCAAGAGACCGAGGCGACAAAUCGCGCCUGCCGAGCUGCUGGAGGCUUCUUCGCCGACCACCAUCACGGAGGCUGGGAGCACCUCCGAAUCAUCACGAUGAUUUUUUAGCUGUAUUCAUACCAAAGCGCGGUCAUGUACCAUAUAUUUUGUAACAAAUGAGGCCCAUAAAGGCCGCGAACUUGAACCAUCGACCUUGUAGUGACAGAUAAAAGCAUUAGGC